AUGUCUCAAGAUGUUUUAUCAGCUAUUUCCACAGAAUCCGUUUUAUAUUACAUAGUUACCUAUAGAGAGAACUUUGAAGGCUUUGAUAUUAUUGCAUUGUUGAUGUGGAAAGGCACAGAACAACAAUUCAAGAAUAAUAAGCUCAUUUUGAGGAGUAUUGAUCUUUCAAGCAAUCAAUUGAUUGGAGAGAUUCCAAAAGAAAUAGAAAACUUGAUAGAAUUAGUCUCGUUGAAUUUAUCAAGCAACCAUUUGACCGGAAAAAUCACUUCAGAGAUUGGAAGAUUAACAUCACUUGAAUUUCUUGACUUGUCGAGAAACCAUUUAUUUGGCCCAAUUCCUUCUUCUCUAGCUCAAAUUGAUCGUCUGUCCUUGUUAAAUCUGUCUAAUAACAAUCUGUCUGGAAGAAUUCCAAUAGGCACGCAGUUACAAAGUUUUGUUGCGUCAAGUUAUGAAGGGAAUGCUGAUCUUUGUGGGAAGCCACUUGAUAAAAAUGUCCGGGAGAUGAAGAAGCCGCACACGAGAAACCAGAAACAGACUUGGAGACAUAAAUAUGUCUUGUUCUUGAAUAAUAUAGUUGACAGAAUUACGAGUUUAUGGCGUUGA